AUGGCGUCCAUCGCCGCGUCCUUGCAGGAUUCGCUACCGAAGCCGAAAUACUCAGAAGAUGAAGAGUCUUCAUCCAGAACACAGCAACGUGGUCCUCGCAUUGUCGGCCCUGGCCAACUGGACGAGACGCAAAUUGUCCUGAAGCGCUCCGGACCGCCAGCCUACGGACAACGCUCAGGAUGGCGCCCAAGAGGCCAGGAAGACUUUGGAGACGGUGGUGCGUUCCCCGAAGUACCUGUAGCGCAGUAUCCUCUCGAUAUGGGCAAGAAGGGUUCAACAACAAGCAACGCCCUCGCCAUCCAGGUCGACUCUGAAGGCAAAGUCAAAUACGACGCGAUCGCAAGACAAGGCCAUGGCGAAGGCCGCAUUGUACAUACCUCAUUUAAAGAUUUAAUUCCUCUUCGACAGCGUGCGGAUGCUGGCGAGAUCGACCUGUCUCGCCCGGACAGGGAGACCGUUGAGGCUACGGCAGAGAAGACCAGAAAUGCUCUAGCGGCUCUUGUGAGCGGCGCUGUGGCAGCUCAGAAACCGAAGAACGUCAACAUUGGUCAGCGCAAGGAUGCAUCGUUUGUUCGCUACACACCAGCCAACCAAAUGGGCGACACGUCGAAGAAGCAAGAUAGAAUUAUGAAGAUUGUCGAACGACAGCGCGAUCCUAUGGAGCCGCCCAAGUUCAAGCACAAGAAGAUCCCUCGUGGACCUCCUUCGCCUCCCCCGCCCGUCAUGCACUCACCACCUCGAAAACUCACUGCCGAAGAUCAAGAAAUGUGGAAGAUCCCACCACCCGUGUCGAAUUGGAAGAACCCCAAAGGGUUUACAGUUCCCUUGGACAAGCGCUUGGCUGCCGAUGGACGAGGACUACAGGAGAUUACUAUUAGCGACAAGCAUGCGCAGUUUGCAGAAGCGCUCAAGAUGGGCGAACGCCACGCUCGUGAAGAGGUCCAGCAGCGUGCUCUGAUGCAACAGCGACUUGCGGAGAAGGAGAAGGCACAAAAGGAAGAUAACCUGCGUAUGCUUGCUCAAAAGGCUCGCGAGGAUAGAGCCGGUGCUCAAAGACAGCGCCGAGACUCCGUUGACUCGCGCGACUCAAGGUACUCGCGAGACUCACGAGACUCCCGAUCUCGAUCCCGAUCCCGUUCACGAUCUUCAUACAGCGACUCACGUUCUGAGAGAUCAUACAGUGACGACUCGGAAGCAGAGCGUAUACGAGCUAGAAAACAACGUAUGAAGGACGAAGAACGCAAGAUGAAGCAGAGCCAUAUGGGUACAGAGAGGAGAAUGAAGGCCAUGGCGCGCGAACAAGGCCGUGAUAUUAGUGAGAAGAUCCAGCUCGGUCUUGCCAAGGCUACGCAAUCAAAGGAGACCAUGUACGACUCCAGACUCUUUAACCAAUCGAGCGGUUUCGACAGUGGAAUCAAUGAGGACAACUUUUACGACAAGCCGCUGUUUGCAGCCCAAGACGCCAUUAGCAGCAUCUACCGACCACGAGCCAAUGCUGAUGAGGAUGACGCUGAAGAGGGAGACCGAGAAAUGGCCAAGAUUCAAAAGUCCAGCCGAUUCGGCGAAGCACUUGGCCGAGGCACAUUCAAGGGAGCCAAGGAGGUGGAAGCUAGAGAGGGCCCUGUUCAAUUCGAAAAGGAUGCUACGGAUCCCUUCAACGUGGACAAGUUCCUGUCUGAGGUUGAUCAGAACUCUUCCAGUAAGCGCGGAUAUGGCCUGAAUGAGACGGAUAGCAGGCAAUCUAAGCGUCCACGCGUGGAGAAUGAAGACGAAGAUUAA